ACUCUUGCUUUAAGAUCUGGAGAGCGAAUUAGUGGGAAAUUAACGCGGGGGGAGGGGGGCGUGGCCUGGGGCCCGCCCGCGCUGGGAAGACUCUUGCCCGCGCGAUCUGCCUUCCCCGGACAGGUUUGCUGUCUUCCUUCUCCUCCGAUUCCAAGAUUCCAGACCAAAAUUGAAAAAAAAAAAAUGGUUGACCUCACCCAGCUAAAGGAGAAUGAAGUAUUCAUGGCCUUUGCCUCCUAUGCAACAGUUAUUCUUUCAAAAAUGAUGUUAAUGAGUGUUAUAACUGCAUUCCAUAGAAUGUCAAGAAAGGUUUUUGCCAACCCAGAAGACUGCGCAUCCUUUGGCAAAGGAGAAAAUGCCAAGAAGUUUCUAAGGACAGACGACACAGUGGAACGUGUACGAAGAGCCCACCUGAAUGACCUUGAAAAUAUUGUGCCUUUUCUUGGUAUUGGCCUUCUGUAUUCCCUGAGUGAACCAGAUCUCUCUACAGCUCUCCUGCACUUCAGACUCUUUGUUGGAGCACGGAUCUUCCAUUCAAUUGCAUAUUUGACACCCCUUCCCCAGCCAAAUCGAGGUUUGGCUUUUUUUGUUGGAUAUGGAGUUACUUUGUCAAUGGCUUACAGUUUGCUGAAGAAUAAAUUGUACCUGUAA